AUGAUCAAAAUAAUUAUUUUUAUAUUAAUAUGGCCAUGUUUCUCAGCUUAUUUUGAUAAUUCUGGUGUCGAAUAUUCAAAUGAUAGAAAAAUCCUUGUUAAUACACUUGAUACAAUACCAAGUAAUUAUAUUAUCCCUGCAUCAUGCGAAACUAUCCUUGGUGGAACUCUUCCUAUUCAUAGUGCUUUUGCAAAUUGUGCAAACAAUCUCAAAAAUAUCUCAUUUGAAGAAGGAAGCAAUAUAACAAGCAUAUAUCCAUAUGUUUUCUCAACAUCAUCGAUUGAAUACAUAGAUUUUACCAAUUGUGUCUUUUUAAAAGCAAUGAAUUACUCAUUAUUUUAUCAAUGCCACAAUUUGAAGAAUGUUACACUUCCUCCAAAUGUUUUAACAUUGAAAACUGGCUGCUUUUUGGAUACACCAAAAUUAACAUAUAUAAAAUUGCCAGAUUCUUGUACGACAAUUGAAGGUUGGCAUUCAAUUUAUAACCAUGUUUUCUCAGGAGGUUUAUCACAAAUAGAUAUUUCAGUUGAUUCUCAUUUGACUAUAAUUUCUGGUGAUGCAUUUAUUGGAACUCGUCUUACAUAUAUUUUCAUUCCACAAUAUGUUAACGUUCUUUUUACUUCUGCAUUUUCGACAGUUCCUAUUAAAAAGUUUGAAAUUGAUCCACGAAACCAAAACUAUCAUACCGAUGGACUCGUAAUUUAUUCGGGAUCAAACAAUUCCACGCUUGAAGUUGUUUCAUGCACCUUUACAGGCGAAUUUAUUGUUCCAGAAUUUGUUACAGUCAUUGCUGAUAAUGCAUUUAGAAGUGUUCAUAUUACAAAAAUUAUAAUUCAUGAGAAAUUGCAGUCAAUGGGAUCUCAUGCUUUUGCAGACACAAAUAUUGCAAACUUCACAUGCAAUUCAUUGCUUACAAAAGUGUCUUCCCGUUGUUUUACUGAUAAUAAAUUUUUAGAUACAUUUAUUUUCACAAAUAAGAUCACGAAAAUUGAUGCAUAUGCAUUCAACAAUUGUCCUAAACUUAAAAAUAUUGAACUCCCAGAUUCAUUAAAAGAAAUCGGUGCUAAUGCUUUUUCAGGAUGUACUUCGUUAACAUAUAUUAAAAUACCUAAAAGUGUUACUUCAAUUGGGAGUGGUAUCUUCAGAGGAUGCAGUCAAGAAUUGGUUGUUGAUGCAAAAGAUAAUGAUUAUUGUACAAGUGAGGAUAGAAUGUUCUUUAUCAAUAAUAAAAUAGAAUUAAUUGAUUUCUUUAAUACAGAUAUCAACCGAGACUUGACAAUUCCAACAUACUGCUUAACCAUCAAACAAAGUACAUUUCAAGGUAAACUCCUUCGUAAUUUGAACUUUGUUGGUCCUAAUGAGAUGGUUAUUGAAGAUUCAGCAUUCGAAAGUUCUACAAUUAGAUCUAUUUCUUUUGCGAAUGUUAAUUUGACAUCGUUAGGAAUCAAAACAUUUUAUAAUUGCAAUUAUUUGACAUCAGUCACAUUUAACGAAGAUUGUGUUAUCAGCGAGAUUCCACAAGAUUGUUUCAACUCAUGUCCUAACUUAGAGACCAUUACAUUACCAAACAAAAUCACACGUAUUGCAGAUUAUGCAUUCUACAGAGCUACUAAAAUUUCUAACAUCGGAAUUGAAUCAACAAUUUUGAUUUCUAUUGGAUAUAAAUCAUUUUUCGAAAGUGGUAUAAAAAUAGCACUUCUUCCAACUUCAGUUAAUUCGAUUGGAGAUUCAUGUUUCGAAUCUUCAUCAUUACAGAUAUUUGCAGUUUCAGCCAACCGAAUUCCAACAAGAUGUUUAUACAACUGCAUUUAUUUAGCAGAAUUGACAUUGCAAGAAGGUGUUCAACAGCUUGAUCAGUACUCACUUGGCAACUGCAUCUUUCAAACUGUUAUGUUACCACAAUCUAUUGUAACGAUCUCAGAAUCAUCAUUCAUCAAAUGUGCCUCAUUGACAACUAUUAAGAUUUCAAUUAAUUCUAAUUUGCAAGAUGUCCGUGGUGGUGCAUUUGUUGGUUGUGAACUUCUUAAAACUAUCACUCUUCUUGAUGGCGAAGAGAAAUUUUUGUUUGAGAAUGGUGCAUUGAUGAGUCAUGACCAAACUAUCUUAUAUUGUUUCUUGCCAUAUAGUGAUGUUCGAACAUUUGUUGUUCCCAUGAAGAUGACAUCUAUCAAUCCACGCGGUUUCUACAAGUGCGAAAAGCUUUCAAGUAUUUUGUUCAAUGGCAAUUACAUUCAAAAGAUCGGCACUGAAGCAUUCAAAGGUUGCAAGAACUUGAACUUUGUUUUUGUCAGUUCUCCUAGCAUCAAAGAACUUGGUGAACGCUGCUUUGAUGAUUGUCCAUUACUUAAGAGCUGUGGUUCAUUCAGCAUUCCUACAUCAUUGUAUCCAAUAUUUAAGAACAGUGGUGUUACUGAAAAAGCAUUUCAAUUACAAUGCACUCCAGAAUGUGCGACUGCUAUUCAACACGCACCAUCUCACACUUGUUUUGGUCCUAUUCUUGUUUUCAUUGCAAUGUAUCUAUAA